AUGGUUUCUCGAAUUGAUUCCUAUUUCUUAGAUAUAGAUACUAUAAUUAAAUUUCAAUUAGAAAAUAACAUUCAAAAUCAUUCCGAAGUUGAACAAAAGUUUAAAGAGGUGAUAAUAUUAAUUAAUGAAAUAGAAGCUGAUGAUGAGAAAAAAUAUGGAUUAUAUAAAUACAAAUAUCAUACAACUCAUCACAGCUAUUUAAACGCGAUUGGUGAUACGGAAGGUGCUAAUAAACAAGAAAAAUUAGCGAGAAAAUACGAAAGAUAUACGAGUAUUCGUAUCGAGGAAACUCAACCCGUAUUGUAUGUGAAUAUGGAUGCUGAAACAUCAAACUCCGUCACUAAAGAUUAUAUGCCCAAAAUAUUAGAAGAAUUAAACUAUAUUCGUCCAAUUUUAAAGGAUGAAUUGACUGAAAUUAAUCAGGUGGAUGAAUUUAUUAAUGCGGUAGAGCAAAUUUUUAAAAAACUUAAUAGUGUAACUAAGACCUUUAAAGGUUAUCUAGAAGCAAUAAAUUACGAGACUUAUAUGCAUAAGUUAGUAGAUGGUUUAAUUACUGGAAUAAUAGUUCUAAAGAAUAAUAGCAAUAUUAAGGGAGGACUCGACAAUGAGUCUAAAAAUGUUAGUACAGAGUUGAUAGACCAUUUGAAAUGUUUAGAAGUAUUCACACACGACAUAGCAUACUCAAAAAGAACAGAAUUUAUUUCAUUUUUGUUGGAUUCUUCAAAUAAAAUAGAAAUCUUAUUUAAAGACGUUAUAAAUACAGAAGAAGAGAUUAAUAGACGUGCUAAAGUUCUUAGUUCAUUUUUUCACCCAGAUAAAACAAAAAAUCCAAAAAGUCCAUAUGUGCUUCGAGAAAAACAUAAAAGUCAAGGAGAUGAGAUAUUCAAACUUAUGUUGGGAUUUAAAGAACAUUUAUUAAAUUAUUUGAGAAAUACCUUAGAACUAGAGAACUAUGAAAAAUGCGGAAAUGAACAUUGGAAAAUUACUAUUGAUUAUCAUAACGCAUCAAAAGGGCAAUGGUACAAACUAAAAAUGUUAAAAGAGGAGGAACUUAAAGAAUUCUCUUCCGAGUCAUUAGAGGAUAAUAGCAUUGACUUUGAUAAUGCAAUGGCUUUAAUAAGAAAAAAUGAUAAAGAGAUCUCUCUCAAUAAUAAAGAGAUUAUUCAGAAUUCGAUCAAUAAAAAUUUAAUUAAUACGGUUAUUAAAAUGCUUGUUAGGGCAGAACGUGACUUGGUUUGUUAUGAAACAUCAAAUAAAGAGAUUUUACAUACAAUUAAACACGCAAAAACAUAUAAGGAUGACGGUGUUGCAUUUACGGCAAGUGGAGCAGUAGUAGGAACAUCAACAUUGUUAUUUUAUGGAGCGGCAUUUGCGACUAGAAUUAUUUCUAUGGCUGGGCCAGCUGGGUUAUUUGCAGGUUCAACCUGUCUUCUUGUAGGGUUUGGUUAUGGUUAUUAUUUGAAAAGUAAAGGUGAAAAGAUGUUUAAAGAGCCAAGGAUUCGAGAAAAGCUCAAUAAAAUCAUAAAGGAAGCGUUAAAAGCAUAUGAUAAUGAAAAAUAUCAAGAGUUUAUCAACGUGCUUUCUGAGGAAUAUGAUGAAAACAAACGCCUCUUUAAUUGCGAUGAAGCCGGUAUUGUAAGAAUAGAAACAGAUAUAAUAGAUACACUUAAAAUGCAUGCUUUCAGAGCGGACGGUAUUGCAUAUCUACUAGUUGUGCUUGGGGAAGUUUUAGGUAGUGGAAAAAUAAAAAUCGAAAGUGCCACAUAUGCAGAUUUAACAGCCUAUGCAAAAAAUUUUUUUAAACUGGCGCUGAGUGACAAACUUGUAAAGGAGGCAAGAGAAUUAGAUGAACGCACCAGCAAAUUUCGACAGACUAAUGAAGGGAGCUUGGGGAGAUAUAUUAAAAGUGCUUGGGGUAUAGUUAAAGAUUUUAUGUCAUCGGAGGAGCGUACAAGAUUGGCUCAAGAAUAUCUACAAGACUCUCAAGAAAUGCCCUUUUUUUCAAGAUUGGAAGAAAUACGGAAUACCGCAAAGAUCAAUAUUGCAAUUCUUAAUAUACUAGAACAUGAUGAAGGCGCAUAUAAAAAGGCAAAAAAAACUGUUGAAGAAGUUCGAAAAUCUGUAAAAGAAAACCAUCACUUUGUUAACAAAGCCAAAUUACGCCUAGAAGUCUUGGAAGAUUUUUUGUGGGUUAUUAAUGAAGAUGAUCUGUCUGAUAUUGAAGAAGAUCUAUCUGAUAUUAAUGACCUAUCUGAUAUUAAUGAUAUUAAUGAUAUUAAUAAAUCCUUAUACAAAUUGGAUGAUAAAUAUAUUAAUUAUUUGAAAGACCAACGGUCUUUCAACAAAAAUAAAUAUUAUGAAGCAGUUUACUUUGAACGUUUGGCUGAAAAAGAAGCCAAAAUUAACAAGUUAAAUAGUUUACGCUAUUGGCAAUCUGCUCAAGAGAAUUAUGGUAUUGCGCGUGGAAUAGAUCCUAAUAAUUCGACUUACUCCCUUGGAUAUGCAAGAUGUCUACUAAAAUUAUCUAAAUAUACUCAAAUUAUCAAACUUUCUGAUACAUGUCCAACAUUAAAUUCUUUAUCAGAAUAUUUGCAUUUUCGUAGUAUAGCUUAUUUUAAGCAGAAAAAUUAUAAAGACUCUAUGUCAUGCAAUACUGAGGCGCUAAAUUUGGAUCCUGGAAAUAAUUCGGCUGCUAAACAUGGAGAACUUAUCAAAAAAUUAAAUUUAAAUAAUAUAGUCGAGCAACGCAUUGACCACUAUAAAAAAAAGUUAAUAUAUGAAACAGAUUAUUUGAAAAAUUCUCGCAAUAAUGAGCGCUCUGUCUAUAAUAUUUUAUCUAUUGAUGGAGGAGGAAUACGAGGGAUAUUGCCUGCAUUAUGGCUUAGUGAGAUAGAAUAUCGCACUCGUAGACCCAUUUCUCACCUAUUUAAUAUGAUAGCCGGAACAUCGAGUGGUGGGAUCAUUGCUGCUGGAUUAUCAGCACCACAGUUCAAACUUAUCUACAGGGCAGUUGAUCAUAUCGAAUAUAAAUAUUCAAAUUUAAUCCCAAUAUUUCCAGCUUCGGAUUUAUUGAACAUUUACAAGAACGAACCCAAAAAUUUAUUCACUACAUCAACAUCAGAUAAGUGUACAAAUGGGGGCCGUUCUGCUAUGUUUAAAAAACAUUUUGAAGAGACAAGACUAAGCCAAUCUCUUAAUGAAUUGGUUAUUACUGCUGUAAAUGAAAAUUACUCGCAUUUAUUUACCCGCUAUGAUGCCUUUAAAAAUAAAAAGAAUAUCGAGAUAAAUAACACAUUCGUUGACAUAUUAAUGGCAACAACAGCUGCGCCUAUAGGUGGAGGAAUGCACCUUACUAACCCAGCAUCAACUGCUUAUAAUGAGGCAAUCCGAUAUAAUGUGCUAGAAAAAAAGAUUUCCGUGCUUUCUCUAGGUACAGGAUGUUAUUUACCAGAUCCUUCCAAUCCUGAUCAAUAUAAUUCACUUUUUUGGGCACAAAACCUUCCUCAAUUCAUGACAUCUGCACAAGAAAGUAACACGGAUCGUGAAAUGUACACUAAGUUAAAAAAUCGUUAUCAACGAUGGCAAGUCUUUUUUGAGGAGCCUAUAGGAUUAGAUGACCAUGAAAGUAUUCCUAAUCUUCUAGAGUUAGGCUAUCAAUACAUAGAAGAGCUUGAUUGUUCCGAUGAAAAUCCUAUUAAUAAGUUAGUAGAGUCUUUUGAUCACUAG